AUGGAGGCACUGUUGGUAAACUACGGAGUCUACCACCGUAUAGCUACGGCUUACCAUCCUCAAACGAACGAUCAAGCCGAGGUUUCGAACAGGAAAAUCAAGACUAUUUUGGAGAAAACAGUUCGUCCUAGCAGAAAGGAUUGGAUCCUUCGGCUAAAUGACGCACUUUGGGCCUAUCGGACUGCGUAUAAGGGACCGAUUGGUAUGACCCCGUAUCGACUUGUUUUUGGUAAAGCUUGCCAUCUUUCGGUCGAAUUGGAACAGAAAGCCUAUUGGGCCGUUCGACAAUGUAACAUGGAGUUAGAACCCAUAGGAAAGGCAAGGAAAUUAGACAUCCAAGAGUUAGAAGAAAUUCGUAAUGAUGCCUACGAGAAUGUUCACAUUUAUAAAGAUAAGACAAAGUUGUUUCACGAUAAGAGAAUAGCUCAGAAGCAUUUUUCGAUAAAACAGAGCGAGAAUACAAAGAAAACCGUUGGGCAACGCUUAGAGCGCAUUGAGGCCCGACUUGAAACCUUUGGCCAGCAACUGACCGAGCUCAUUGCCAUCAUAUGCAAUCGACAGUAA